UCAAACUUGCUAUGUAUCUGAUCCUCCUGAAUACUGAGAUUACAGGCACAUUCUACCACAACUGGUUUAUGAAGGGCUGGGGAUCAGUUCCAGGUCUUCAUACAUACUGGGCAUCACUCACCAACUGAACAGACUCUUUCAAGUCUCAGAGUUGAGUUUCUAAAGAGCAAAAGUACUUGUCUGCUUCCUGGAACUCCCCAGUGAUACUCAUAAACUCCAGAUGAGGUUCUCAGUUGUUUCCCCGGUCUUAGACUUUUGUAGCAUGCCAGAACAUGGCAGUAGUGUGCCUGUGUUGCUCUGAAUGUUUCUGGGAACUUAAUGCUUCCUGAUCCCUCCGUUACCAUCCAGCUUAUGGUCAACAACUGCAGGCUUUUUGUUUUCCUGGUGGACAUGGCAAAGCUGGCCCACAGCAGGUACCUGCAAAUGUUGCUGGAAACAGUCAUCAAGGUAGAGGUGGCCAGCUCUGGAGCUAGACAUAGGAGCCUAUGCAAGUCAAUCGUGAUCUGAGGGGCCUGUUGCCUCUGAUGGGAAGAAUGAAUUGCCUUUAACUCUUGCCCUUUACCCUUGCUCAGCCACAUUUAGGGGUGAUCUGGACUCCCAUCUGUAUGGGGGAGGUCUGUGAAUUACCAAAAAAAGCUGGAAUCAGGGCAGAGAUUGAGCAAAGAGUGAGGUUCAGAUGAGAUUGGCAGGGGUCACCUCUAGAAGAAUACUCACAUGGUAGUGGGAAGUUCAAGAAUGUGUCAAGUGCCAUGCUGUGUUUGGAGAGAGCUCAGCCUAAGAUCUGGUCACCAUGUCAACUACAUUCUUUCAUAGGAGACUCCAUUCCCCCACAGCUCUAGGGUACAGGAGCUACAGACUGCUCCAUCUCCAUGUAGAAGUUUUCUUUGGCUGGUCCUGGACUGUGGGGAAUUGACCUAGGGACUGAGUCACUACCAUAAUCCCAGCUUGGUGGCCCCCUGUCUCUAGAGUGUGGGUGAAAUAAAGGGGUUCUGCCUAGGGGCUGGGCUCUCCAGGGCUGCCAUUGGUGCACUGCCCCCUCCCUAUGCUGCAUACCUUGCCCACAGCUGAGCAGCUGAGAGGCUAUUUAUAAAGGCGGUGAGAUCAGCGGCAGAGGCUAUAAAUGCACUGGCCACGGCUGAGCCCCACAGGAACAGUGAUCCAGUGCACCAGAGCUUUGGGCUGCGACACCAGGAUGAGUACCAGUGCUGGUGGUAGUGGUGGUGUGGACUGUGGUGGCAGCAGCAGCAGCUCUCAGACUUCCUGUGGGCCUGAGUCCUCAGGCUCUGAAUUAGCUCCAGUCACACCAGCACCUCGGUUGCUUCAGGGGCUCCUGGGCUCUGAUGAGGAGGAGCAGGAAGACCCCAAGGAUUAUUGCAAGGGUGGCUACUACCCAGUGAAGAUAGGUGAUUUGUUCAAUGGGCGGUACCAUGUGGUGCGCAAACUAGGCUGGGGCCACUUCUCUACGGUCUGGCUCUGCUGGGAUAUUCAGCGCAAGCGCUUUGUGGCCCUGAAAGUAGUGAAGAGCGCAGGGCAUUACACAGAGACAGCUGUGGAUGAGAUCAAGCUCCUGAAAUGUGUCCGGGACAGUGAUCCUAGUGACCCCAAAAGAGAGACCAUUGUUCAGCUCAUUGAUGACUUCAGGAUCUCAGGAGUUAAUGGAGUCCAUGUGUGCAUGGUUCUAGAGGUCCUGGGCCACCAGCUCCUCAAGUGGAUCAUCAAGUCCAACUACCAGGGUCUGCCUGUGCCCUGUGUUAAGAGCAUCGUUAGGCAGGUGCUACAUGGUCUGGAUUACCUCCAUACCAAGUGCAAGAUCAUCCACACGGACAUCAAGCCUGAGAACAUCCUUCUGUGUGUUGGAGAUGCCUACAUUAGGCACCUGGCUGCUGAAGCCACAGAGUGGCAGCAGUCAGGGGCCCAGCCCCCAUCCCGCUCCACAGGUACCAAGAGCAUGUGUGGGGACUGGCACCAGGACUCUGAGCCUCAAUCCCUGCCUGAAUUACUACUCCUUUUUUUUUCUCCUCAACCCCUACCCACAGUUAGCACCGCCCCCCAGGAGGUCUUGACUGGUAAGCUGUCCAAAAACAAGAGGAAGAAGAUGAGGCGCAAAAAGAAGCAACAGAAGUGGCUGCUGGAGGAGCGGCUGCGGGACUUGCAGAGGCUGGAGGCCAUGGAGGAUGCAGUACAGGCUGAGGACUCUGGCUCAAGAUUAGAGCGGGGCAGCGGCUCCACCUCUUCUUCAGGCUGCCACCCAGAGGGCACCAGGGCUGGCCCCUCUCCAGCCUCUUCUUCCCCUGUGCCUGACCGCAGCCUUAGUCCCAGCUCACAGACCUCAGGUUUCUCAGGGUCUCUGUUCUCCACGGCUUCCUGCUCCAUCCUCUCAGGUUCAUCUAAUCAGCGUGAGACUGGAGGUCUCCUGUCUCCUAGCACACCAUUUGGUGCUUCCAAACUCCUGGUGAACCCCCUGGAGCCCCAAAAUGCAGACAAGAUCAAGAUCAAGAUUGCAGACCUGGGCAAUGCCUGCUGGGUGCACAAACACUUCACGGAGGACAUUCAGACUCGGCAGUACAGGGCUGUGGAGGUGCUGAUUGGUGCUGAGUAUGGCCCCCCAGCUGACAUCUGGAGCACAGCAUGCAUGGCCUUUGAGCUGGCCACUGGCGAUUACCUGUUUGAGCCUCACUCUGGAGAAGACUACAGUCGUGAUGAAGACCACAUUGCUCAUAUCGUGGAGCUUCUGGGAGACAUCCCCCCAGCUUUUGCCCUCUCAGGCCGCUAUUCACGGGAAUUCUUCAACCGCAGGGGACAGCUGCGCCACAUCCACAACCUCAAGCAUUGGGGCCUAUAUGAGGUGCUCAUGGAGAAGUACGAGUGGCCCCUGGAGCAAGCCACACAGUUCAGCGCCUUCCUGUUGCCUAUGAUGGAGUACAUCCCUGAGAAGAGGGCCAGUGCUGCCGACUGCCUCCAGCACCCCUGGCUUAAUCCCUAGAUCUUGCUGGAGCUGUGGACAGCAGGGGCUGUGCUGGCUUUGCCCUAGUUCACAGUGCCUUGAGAGAAAGCAGGCAACUUCUACCACCCUGUGGGAGCUGCUCUCCCACCCUACUGGGUACUAUUGUGUUUACCUCCUCACCCACGGCAGGACAGAAAUGCUGAGGCAAGGCCCACAUCUCAGCCUGUCUACUUGUGAUCCUCCUAGAGGGUCCUGAGUGGGAAAGAGUGCCUUUUUCUUUCUAAAUAAAGUGGGAACUGAAACACUGGUGUCUUGGCGUGAGGGAAGCACGUGGCCAAGUUCUGGGGCAGAAGUAGCUUUAUUCUGGAGCCUGUUCACCAUGCUAGCUGGAGUGCUAGAGUGAGAAGAGGGUCCUAUGGAUAGGUUAAGAUAACUGCAAAGAUAGUUAAGCUUCCACAGCCCGGCCAUUUAUGAUGCGGAUGUGACGAAUGAUGUCCUGGAUGGCUUGGGAUGUAGUACCUUGGCCUCCAAUGUCUGGUGUAUGCAUCUGGAGGAAAACAGGAAGCUUGAAGAUAUCAGGCCAAAGUCUGCCACACAACCCCAUGGUAGUCCAGCGCUACCUACUGUUUCCUAUAGUUGGAAAGGGCAAGGAACUGGCACCAGGAAGCCAGUACCACCCUUCCCUUACAGGCCACAGCCAGUGCAGUCACUGCCUGAAGCAUAUAGGACUGGUCAGACCAGUAUAACAUGGAUUAGAGGAGAGGAAACUGGAAGUGGGACAAAGAGGAGACAAGAGGAGCCUUACAUUUUCGUUGUCCAUAGAUGCUAAGACAGCUUUGCGGAUGGAGGUGGCAUAGGAGUGGAGCCUAGAGGAUGAAGAGAACAAGCUUUUGGUUCUCAGGACCUAGAGGCUGGCGAGAGGACUCAUGACCAGGCAUUAAGAAGCCACUUACUUGAGGUGGUCUAGCAUCAUGCAACUUGCUAGCAGUGUGGCAGUGGGGUUAGCAAUGUUCUUAUUGGCAAUACUUUUGCCUGUGUUCCUUGUAGCCUGGAAAAGGGAAGAAGUGGGUAGGUGGGAAAAUAUAAGAAUGCACGGCAGAUGAUUCUACUUGUGUGCCAUACCCAGUAGAGGCAUAUCCCAGACACGGCAAAUGAAGGCAUAUCAGGGCUUUAGAGAGGGAAUGGGGAUGCUCAAUGUUAAUAUUCUGAUCCCAUCCCU